AUGGCCGGAGAAACUGCUGCGCUAGCUUACGACCAGAAUUUUAGGCGUAGGGCGGCCAAGAUCCCCACGGCCCGCUGGGAUCGGAAGGACUUGGAUGUCUGGACCACUUAUGUGGCCCCCCGUAUUGACAAGAAGGUUCCUGAUACCCAGAAAUUCAAGGUUGCCUCGACAAG